CCUCAAACCACAGCCAGCCCUAACGCUUCUGUUUCAGCACCCCAACAGGAAAUAUCGCCUCAGUGGUGUAGCCAUGCUGCAUUUGUCACGUCAGUCCAGUCAGUCAGAAGAAAGAGCUCAGAGAGAAGAAAGAGGAAGCUUUCACUCAGUGCGUUCACAUGCUGCGUCUGCAGAGCUGAGCCUGCAGCGUGAGGAGAGGACUUCCGAGCCCCGAUGGACGUCUACCAGGAGGCUGUGAGUUAUCUGGAGUCGCAGCAUGUUCCAGUCGUAGCAGAGGCUGAUGUCCUGGAGGAGGAUGUAUUCCAGGAGGAGGCAGUGUCCUGUUUGCUCUCUCCUCUCCACCCUGAGACCCUAGACUUCCCCGACACACCUACGUUAUGCAGCCCGGAGGAGAUGUUAGAGAGGAGGCUUGUGGUCCUGAAGGGCAUCCUGGAGAGUGAGGAGGUUUAUCUGAGGGAGCUGGAGGCCCUGCUGAUGCCCAUGAAGGCUCUGCGUGCCUCGGCCGGGACCUCUCAGCCCGUCCUGUCCAGUCAACAGGUCCAGACUGUUUUCUACCAGGUGCCUGAGCUCAGAGACAUGCACCAAAGCUUCUACUCUGGCCUGAAGGACCGGCUGAGCUCACACUGCCCCACUGACCCCAGCACUGGUGAAGAAGCAAAGAUGAGCUACACAGGCUUUGAGCUGAUGGUGGGAGACCUGUUUCUGAAAAUGGUGAACCAGAUCGGUGUGUACGGCGGUUUCAUCGGAAACUAUGAGGAAGCUGUGGAAGUUGUUCGCAAGUGCACACACUCGGACCCUCGCUUCCGAACUCUGGCCCAGAGCAUGAUGUCUCAUAACGGCUCCGACAAAACCAAGUACACAUUUGAAGCUCUACUAUACAAGCCUUUGGACCGAGUAACCAAGACCACACUUGUGCUGCGUGACCUCCUGAAGACGACACCAGUGGAGCACGGAGAUUACGCGCCCUUACAGGAAGCCCUGCGAUUGUCCCGCAGCUUCCUGUCUGGUGUCAACGAGAGUUCACAGUGCAAACGAGAGGUCACACUCAGUCACGGCAUGAGGCGUCAGCUGAUGCGUGACGGCUUUGUGGUGGAUGCGAGCGAGGGGGACCGCAGUCUGCGUCACCUCUUCCUUUACACCGACCUCCUGUUGUGCACCAGAUUCAAACAUGCAACCAGAGGGAAGCAGGACCAGUACAGGUUCUGCUGGUAUCUGCCCCUCGCUGGUCUCAAACUUCGCUGGGUUGCGGACCAGGCACGUUCACCAGACGCACACCAUCGUUUACACACCAUAAGAACCAAGAUGCACCUCCUACGGCAACAAAUGAGGGGGUCCAGGGGCUUCGCAGCUCGCAGCCGGAAGAAACUGGAGCAGAUGGAGCUGAUGCUGCUCACACACUCACCUGUUUACACACUGGAGCUGCACAGCCCAAGUGGCAAGAGUCACACUCUCCUCUUCUCGUCCCUGUACGAGCUGGAAGAAUGGAGGGAAGCCAUUCACAAACUCACCACAGACAACAUAGAAACUGUCCCUCCAGACCUGCUCACCCUCACCAGUGCAUGUGUGAAACUGAGAAUGACCCAGCAGCCUCCACUCCACAGCACCAACGCUGUAGAGGACGAGGCGUCUCUGUGUGGGACUCUGAGUGUGGCGAUCCACUCCGCCAGCGGCCUGCAGCAGCCAGCCUGUGCGUAUGUGUGUGUGGAAGUGGAUGGUUACGAGUUUUACGAUAAACAGGCCCAGACACACUCGUCAAUCCACAGCCUCAAACCACACUGGGACCAGGAGCUGUCGUUCCAGGUGGACGGAGCGCAGGAGCUGAGGGUGCUCUGCGUGAGUCAGUCUGAUGGACAGGAUGGUAGCGUCCUGGGGAAAGCUUCUGUGAAGUUGGACUCUAAAACCCUGACUAAGAGAUGGAGGAGACAGACUCUACACCUCGGCCAGGUGGAGGUGACUCUUUCCCUGAAGUACUGUCCACACCCUCUCGAACCCCCGAGCUCCACGCCUCAACAACAGCAACCUGUCUUCUGUGUCCCCAUUCAAACUGUGGCUCAGCAGGAGGGAGUGCUCGUCCCACAUGUGGUGCGCUGCUGCGUGGAGGAGGUGGAGAGGAGAGGCAUGGACGAGGUGGGCAUCUACAGGGUCUCAGGAACCGCCAGUGACAUCAACACACUCAAGACUGCGUUCAACAGCAAUCUGCGUGAAGCAGUAACCAGACUGAGAAGUGCUGAGGUCAACGCCGUCUCUGGUGUUCUCAAACUGUACCUCAGAGAGCUGCCGGAGUCUCUCAUGCCCACUGAGCUGUUUCAGGGUCUGGCCAGGACGCUGGACAUCCAGGACAUAAACUCUCGGCUUGUCUCCAUGUUGUCCCUGCUGCACUCCUGUCCUGAACCCAACCGCCACACCUUCCUCUUCCUCCUGCACCACCUCCAACGGGUCUCUGAGAAGCAGGACGUCAACAAGAUGACUCUGAUGAACCUGGCCACAGUGUUCGGGCCCAGCCUCAUACGCCCUCCUGUGGUUGGACUGGGACAUGACGGCCCCACCAUGGAUAUCUCUCAGGAGGUGGUGGUGCAGGUCCAAGUGCUUUUCUGCUACCUGCAGUGCAACAACCUCCCUGAAGCCCAGACCUCUCUGCCAUAUGACACAGACUCUGAGGAUGAGACCACCCACAUGUGAGACCACCAUCAGUGUCUCGACGGCCGGCAGGAAACUCAAACUAUGUAAAUAUAUAUGUAUCUGCGUUUGAAAGGUGAGACAAUAAAAGUAUUUAUUCAGAGGAAA